AUGCUCAAUUGGCUGGUGAAUUGGAACCAGAGACAACAUGGAGUUGAUGAAUCUGUUAUUCUGAAGUCAUGGAGACUUGACAAAACUGUAAUUGCCUGGCUACGUAGUUGCUUGGAUGUGAUCUGGCUUUUAGUUGAUGAGGGAAAAUGUCGGGUUCCCUUUUAUGAAUUAUUACGUAGUGAUUUUCAAUUCAUAGAAAAUAUACCUGAUGAGGAAGCAUUAUUUACACUUAUCUUGGAGAUCCGCAUGAGACGAGACAUGAUGGCUCUGCACAUGAAAAUGUUAGACCAGCAUCUUCAUUGCCCUACAUUUGGGACUCAUCGGAUCCUAAACCAGACCACACCUACUAUUUCAAAUUUAAACGAAGCAAUAGCGCACCUGCGACUGUCACCACUCUCAUAUUUAAGUGUACUUAGAGAACCAUUGCCAGGAGAGGAUAUUACAACCUCUAUUCAGAAGGGAAGUUUGGACUGGGAGAGAGCUGUACGUUGCAUCAGGCAUGCUCUCCGUACCACACCUUCACCUGAUUGGUGGAGACGAGUACUGGUACUUGCUCCUUGCUACAGGCCUUCAUUUCAAGGGAGUACUGCUGGUGCUGUUUUUUCUUCAGAGAUGAUUUGUGAAGCAGUUAUUGAUAGAAUUGUGAAGAUGGCUGAAGAGACUGUCAAAAGAAUUACUAGAUUGAAUAUGAUGUUUCGCAUCAUGCCUGAUAUGUCAUCAAUGGGCAUGCCUUCAUUUGAUGGAAGCACUUCAGAAAAUUCAGCUGACGCAGUUGUUCCUGUGCAAGACGAUCCACAUCAUCGCUUCUACCAACAUACAUAA